AUGGACGGAGCCCUAGUUGCGGUGUUGAUUGGCGUCACCGUCGCCGGCACAGUUUGGAGAUAUAUCAUAUAUCCGCUGUUCUUAUCCCCUCUAGCUUCUGUUCCAGCAGCUAGUCCGAUUGCGCGCUUCUCAACGCUCUGGAUUGAAUGGCAUAGGCUUCGUGGGACGGACUUUCAAGUCAUCUCGGCGGCGUUUGCGGCCAAAGGACCGUAUGUGCUGGUCUCACCGCGGGAGCUUGCCAUCAAUGACAUGGAUGCUGUCAACUGUGUAUGGGGCACCGGGUCAACCGACUUUGACAAACAUCCGUCUUAUGACUACUGGGCCACUCAGGGGUCUUUGAACACAUUCACCUCAGUGCUCGGCCCUGAGCACCGCCGCCGCCAUAAACGCAUUCGAGGCGUGCAUAAUCGAGCAUUCAUCGGCUCGUCACCUCAUAUUCGAGAGAAUAUGCGAAAUCUCAUGGUGAACCGCGUGAUUCCUGUGCUCGACAACAUAGCCGCAUCUCCAGAAGGCGCCGAGAACGUGCUUCCGAUUGCCCAGUCUAUGAUUCUUGACUGCACUUCGGCAUUUGCGUUUGGUGUCCCACUUUCGCUCGAAUUUGUUCUUAAUCCAAAGGCGCUGAGGGAAUGGUUGGAUCUGUUUGCGAUUGCAUUUCCGACUGACCAAGCUUCGUUCUGGCUUCGAGAGCAUCCGCGUCUCACAAAAUAUCUAUGUAUGCUUGGGGUGCCCCUUGUAUCAAAAGAUAUGGCUUCGGCGCGUCGCCAAUUUGAAGCUUGGGCAUUACCAAAGGUUGACGGGGCCGAAGAGAUUUUGAAAAGGAGGGACCAAGGGCAGGCGAUAGAAGCGGGACAACUGCCAGUCUUAUACGAUGCUGUACGGACUGAUCUGGCAAAAUCCCAGACGGGAGCAGAGAAAGUUGGCUUCUUAAUGACUGAAGCUCAACGUCGAGAACUCGCGAGUGAGUGUCUCGACCAUAUCGCCUUCACCGCCGAAGCAUUUGGCACAGUCUUCACGUACAUGGUGUAUGAGCUCUCACACCAUCCAGAAAUUCAGUCAGAGCUCAGAGAGGAAUUGCGCUCAAUUACAAACCCGCUUCUAGACACUGAGAACCCAACUGACAUACCUCAUUCGCAAACUCUGGAGCGGAUGCCGUUGCUCGGCGCCGUCAUCAAGGAAUGCUUACGCCUUCGCAACACGUCACCUAACGCAGAUCCCAGGGUGAGCCCCUCGAAUUGCUCUUGCCGCAUCGGCGCUCUUGAGAGUGUACCACCUGACCCCCUCACCUGGGAUCCCAAGCGGUGGCUUGAGGAAGGCCGCGGCGACGCUGCAGCAAUGAAAAAAUGGUUUUUCGCUUUUGGGGCCGGCAGUCGACAAUGUAUUGGUCAGCACAUCGCCGUGGAAUUGUUCCGCGUAUCGCUCGCAACGGUGUACACCCGAUAUGCCACUUCGAUCGUCGAUGAGACUGGCUAUCCCGGUCGUAAUAAACCAAUGAGCCCGGCUGUCAACGAGAAGCUGGUGGUGAAAUUUGAGAAGAUGCCAUUGAAGUGA